UAAACUGGUUCCAAUCAACUGCAGACGGUAGUAUAAAAGCACUAUGCCAACUGUUAGACUGCAUUUAUUAAAGUUACCAAAAUGAAGAUCUGCGCACUGUUCUUCUUUUUGCUCUCCAUCCUGGCUGCCAUCCAGGCCAACAGUUCUCCGGAGACCAGUGCAAUCACUGACGAGAACCUUAAGAAGACUGCAGGAUAAUUUAUAAUUUGAUGAAAGCUACUUAAAUACUGGAAUACAAUCGAUGUUGAAUAAAUAUUCU